CCUCAACUUUUCGACGCCAUGUCACUUCUGAGGGCUGCCACUGCCAGACAAAAGCAGGCACUGCUCUCGACUCUGCCAAGGCGCAACGCUUCCACACAUCAUGAGGAGCAUCAUCACGAGGAGCAUCAUCAUGAAGAUACUACUGUCUAUCCGCAGGAAACUUUUGCAAACAAGGUGUGGCUUGGCUGGGCCCUUGCUGGUCUCACUGCCUCCGCUUUCUACAAGUUCGCGCCGUCACCGGAGGAUGACAGCUACGUGAAGCGGCUAAUCGACCACUAUCGAAUCCCGAAGGAGGCUUGGGAAAAGAUCAAUAUCAAGCACCUCACCCUUGAGGCUCAGGGGGCGCAGGAGAUGUUAAUUGUUGCGGAUGCGCGGAGGCCACCCGUGCACCGGUUUAGAUUUCCCCAGCGGUUCGAACAGCACUCUGCUCACUUGCAUCCUGUUGGUGGGAGCCCAGACCUUGCCGAUUUAGCAGUCAAAGAUCGUUGAGAAGCUUGUGUUCUGCAUACGGACCUUGCAUGCACUUCAAUAAGUUGUUCACAUCCACUGGGCUGCAUACCCUGAAUAUUAAUUGCAGAGGAGCGGCAGUUAAUUCCCUCUUCUCUUUCCCUCCAAUUUCAGUCCUUUGG